AUGUUCACCGUUCUGAAAAGUGCAGUGGUCGAAGGGGGGGCACCUAGAGCAGGCCGUUUAACCCUCCCGAAACGAAAACCAAUUGACACGCCCAACUAUAUUGGCCUUUCAUCACGAGGAGCAAUACCACAUAUGACACCAGAUGUCAUCUCCAAGCAUGUAGAGCUCAAUGGUUCAUAUAUGGCUUUAGAAGACUUUAUAGAAAAGUCUCAGAGGAGGGCCCAACCCGCCAUAUUUAACAUCGAUGCUGAUGGUAAAGAGGCUCUGCAUGCGUACACCGCUACACCUACACCGCUGGCCAUAGUGCUCGGUGCCCGACGGCAUCCUGCAGUAGUUGCCCCUAUGGGUAAUGGGAAAGACUAUGUCUCAGUUUACACAUCAACCGGCUUCCAGAAGUUGAAAAAUAGCGAAUAUCACCAAGCCAUCGAGAAGCUGCAGCCAGACAUUGCAAUACCCCUUGCGGAUCUAACGUUCGGAAAUUCACAUAUUAGGACUAAACUUCCAAAUCCGAAAAGGCAGCUCCGAAUGGUGGAGAGAACAGAAGAUUGGCUAUCCGAAACUAUAAAAUUAAGAAACGUCAACGGUGAAAAUAAGACUAUUAAGCCUUCUCUAUUUGCUCCACUGUUGCCGGUUGCUUAUCCGACGCAAUGGGAAUAUUUAAACCGCCUAUCCCAGGACUAUGUCCAGCAUUUAUCCGGGCUUGCGGUGUAUGAUGCGGAUAUCCUUCCGGACCUCAGCAAUCACGAGUCCCUUGGUUCGCUUCCUCGUAUUUCUAUGGACUUUAUAACGUCACCACAAGAAAUCCUCCGGCAAACUCGCUUGGGGAUUGAUAUAUUCACUGUAACAUUUCUUAACGCAGCCUCGGAUGCUGGAAUCGCUCUUAUCUUCUCGUUCCCACCACCACCACCCGUGAAAACAGGCGCAUAUCCGCUAGGAAUAGACAUGUGGUCUCCAGACCAUCAGAUAUCAUUAAAGCCGCUCGCAAAUGGAUGUGAAUGCUAUACUUGCACCAGGCAUCAUCGUGCCUAUCUCCAGCACCUCCUAAACGCCAAAGAAAUGCUUGGAUGGACACUUCUCCAAAUCCAUAAUUACCAUGUCUUGGAUGAGUUUUUCAAGGGCAUCCGAGCAGCGCUUAUCGCAGAACCUUCGACGUUCGAACACGACUGUGAUAUCUUUUCCGAGACGUACGAACCCGUGCUUCCUAAGGGUACCGGUGAGAGGCCUCGAGCUCGAGGAUAUCAUUUUAAGACCGAAGGGGGACAAUCGAAGAUUAACCAACCAGCUUGGGAGAAGUAUGGCGAAGGUGGAACUGAAGACCCGACACUCGCCGGAGAGAUAGCAGGUCUAGCUGUAACAGGAGCCACCGCAGAGGGAGGAGAGACCCCACUCGUUCCUGAUGCUGAAACUGAUGCCGAUGAGUUAGAUAGGAAAGGGUUCGCUGAAAUUGACAAGUGA